AUGGUACUGACUCCACCAUUUUGGGUCUUGAAGCAUCCUACAAAGUCUCAAUCUGGUGACCGAUCUUUGGAUCAGAAAAUUUUCACUUCCUCAUAUUUCUUCCAGCCACAGUUCUCUAAUUCUAUACGUGCAGCUAAAAUGGCAGAAAUAGUCCUAUCUGCAAUUCUGCAGGCUGUACUUGAAGAAGCUGAAGAUCAACAGGUGACCAAUAAAGCUGUUAGAACUUGGUUAUUCAAACUCAAGAAUGCAACUUAUAAUGCUGAAGACGUGCUUGACAAGCUCACAGCUCUUUCAAGAAAACUUAAUGUGCAAGAACCACACCAAAUUCUUGGAACUUUUCAAGCAACACAGGUCAAGCUGGAUGCUGAUGAGGUCAGGAAGAUGCUUCAGGAACUAGAAGCGCUAGCUAUGGAAUGUUCCGUGUUCCAUUUAAGACAAGAUGACAUAGUCACUGUGCAAUCUGAUAAAAGGGAGACAGGCCCUUUCAUUCUGGAAUCAGAAAUUUUUGGGAGGAAGGAAGAUAAGGAGAAGAUAGUCAAACUGUUACUGUCGAAAGAAGUAAAUGUGUCGUUCAUUCCUGUCAUUGGAAUAGGUGGACUAGGCAAGAAAAAACUUGCUCAGCUAGCAUAUAAUGAUGAAGAAGUAAUGAUUUUCAUGAUUUUAAGAUUUCGGUUAUAUCAGAUGAUUUUGAUGUGA